GUAUUACGAGGGUCAGCGGGGAGUGUGUUCCAGAGCGGGGGAGCAGAGCGACUGAAGGCUCUGUUUCCCAUAGUGACGAGGCGAGCAGGGGGGGCAGAGAGGAGGAGGAACGAAGAGAGCGGACAGGUGUAGGAAUAUGGAUGAGGUCAGAUAGGUUAUGGAUGGAUUUGAAUGUGAGGAGCAGGAUUUUAUAUUGAAUGCGGUGUAAAAUGGGUAGCCAAUGGAGAUGUUGGAGGACAGGUGUAAUAUGGUUUAUGUAUGGUGUGAGUGUGAUAAUGCGGGCGGCUGAAUUUUGGACCAGCUGAAGCUUAUGGAGGGUAUUUUGAGGGAGACCGAGCAGGAGGGAAUAACAGUAAUCGAGUCGCGAGGUGACGAGGGUGUGAACAAGUAUAGCAGUGGACUGAGAAGUGAGAGAAAAGUGGAGCCGGUGGAUGUUUCGAAGAUGAUAAUAUGCAAAACGAAUGAUGUGGUUGAUAUGUGAGGUGAAGGAGAGGGUGCUAUCAAGGAUGACAAUGUAGGGUUAUCAUUGCUACUGAAACUAUGCAUAUUUCCCCAGUGUAGGACUAAUAAAGGUGAUAAUAUUUUAUUUUAUCUUCCACAACAGAUUCAAUCUACAAGUACAAGUGUACUGUAUGGGAACUACCGGUAUGUUGGAAAGAAAUCAAAAUAGCGCCCUCUGAUGGGACACGACACCCGUAUUGAAUGCAUUGUCCAAAUAGCAAGCAUAGAGGGAGAAGGAAGGCAGUAGUGAGAAGAGGGCAUUAAUUAAUGGGAUUGCAAAACAAAUUAGAAGAUUAGAAAUAGACAGAUAACAAUGUCAAAGAAAAACGCUUGUUUCAUCUGAAUUCCACUGUGAGUGCCUCCUCUGCAAAACAGACCUCUCUCCAGGACACUCGACAAACAGUGCAAGGAGCCAUAGAAACACUGACGGUAGCAGAAUAUUCUCCUGAUCGCAGCCAUGUCCGACACCGAUUCUCUGACUGAUGCACUCCAGGCUAUCAGUGUGAGCACAGAACUCAUUGAAGAGGAGCUGAAACCUCAUUUGGACAUAAUUCUGUCUGCACAGUUAGGAAAGCAGAAAGACAUUGCGGUUCAGAUUGCCAAAAGUGGGAUUCUACCUAUACUUGCUCAGGCUUUACAAAAUAAAACCAGCCUGAGCUGUCAGAUUUCCUUGUUGUUGGCUGAAAUGGCCCGAGAAGGUGCAGUGAGGGGCUUGUGUAUUGAGGCAGGCUUAGUGAAGGUGCUCGUCCCUCAUCUGGACAGUAGUGAGCCAGAGAUGCUGCUCAAUACUGGCAGAGCAAUUGGUCGCAUUUGCUUUGACAACCCAUACCAGCAGGAUCAGUUAGUCCACUCCGGCGUCAUCCUCAAGCUUGUGUCAAUCAUGAGGAAAUAUCCAGAGAAUGAUCCCCUAGUCAACGUCUGUGUGCUGGCUCUCUGUAAUUUGGCAGACUUGGAUUCUGCAAGGACGGCUCUUAUUGAAGUUGAUGUGGGAGAUGUCCUGAUUUUUCAAUUGAAACGAGCACCUGAUGCUGAACGCCAACACAUUAUCCUGGAAAUACUGAGCUCACUGGCCGAGAAUGAUAUACUGAAGUUUCAAUUUGUUGAGUCAGGGGUACCCGAAGCAUUAUCUGAGCUGAUCAGGGGUCUUCAGGGAUGUUCAGACCCUCCAACCCUUUGCAGUGUCAAGAUUGCCUCUAACCUCAUUGUAUCACUUCUUUUAGGAGAUGAGUCCAUGGAAAAGUGUUUUGGUGAAGGCUCAGGUAUGGUGUACCAGGAUGUUCUGUCCUGGCUGCAGAGCUCCAACACUCAGCUGCAGUUGUCCGGAGCUUUGGCUCUUGCCAACUUUGCAAGAAAUGACAGUAACUGUGUGAAGAUGAUGGACCUUGGUGUGGUCCCUCACAUCUUGACCAUGUUGGAACAACAUAUUGACGAAGGAGAUGUGUCUGUUCUCCAUGCUGGAUUGAGCGCACUACGAAAUUUAGCCAUUCCAGCUACCAAUAAGGUGCGCAUGAUGGAUGUGGCAGAAAGGAUAAAGAGCCUUCUGAGAUCUGAUAUGCCUCCAGUUCAAUUCAAACUGUUGGGAACGCUACGCAUGAUAGUUGAUGGACGAGAGGAAGCAGCCGUGGUGCUGGGAACCGAUGCCGCUCUCCUAUGUCGGGUUACAGAGUGGUGUGAAGCCAAAGACCACGUAGGACUAAGAGGAGAAGCCAGUCGUCUAUUGUCUGCUCUUAUAAGGCACAGCCGCAGGCCUGGUGUCAUCCAUGCUAUAGUAAAGGCAGAUGGAAUUCGCCACCUUAUAUCCAUGUCCAAAAGUGAGCAUGUCAUCAUGCAGAAUGAGGCCCUGGUUGCCUUGGCAAUUGCAUCUACUAUUAACAUCGAGUCUGUGAAGGAUCUCUUUACGACAGAGGUAUUGGCAACGCUGAAGAAGAUGUUGGAAGAUCCAACAGGCACAGCUGAAGUCAAGUACAAUGCAUUAUGUCUCAUUUGCAGUCUGGCCAACAGUGGUGUGAUGAAUGCAGAAUUGGAGGAAGUGAAUAUGAAAGACAGCCUCAAGAAACUGACUGACCACAGCAACAGUCAGCUUGCUGCACAGGCCAGCUCCGCGGUAGCUCUUCUAGGUGAUGCAAGCUAAGCCUAACGAAGACCUUGUCUGCAAUAAUGCACUCAUUUGAUUGUGUUGCUUCCUGCACAUAAACCUGUAGAGGGCUACUUACUUUUGUUAGUUAAGUAGAAGGUCUACAGUGUACAAACAACGUCAAAACAAAUGCUGGAUCAGUGGAAAUAUUUGCAAGUGCUGUGUUAAAAGGUGUUUUCUUUCAUGCCGUCUCCACUUAUAAUCAACUAGCUGGUUCGCCGCCCUCCGGGCGGCUCAUCAGCUGGUUCCUGCGGAAGGCUGGUAAGGUGGUGGUUCGCCGCCCUCCGGGCGGCUCAUCAGCUAAUUCCUGCGGAAGGCUGGUAAGGUGGGCCUUCGGCCCACAAAAGUGUUGUUGCUUGGUUCAACUUUUUGUUCAUCUUCAUUGCUUAUCGCGAAAAUAAAGAGAUGUUUGGCUCUACUAAAUAACUAACAAUUUUAUUGCAAUGCUUGUGGGUAGACAACAUUUUAUCGCUAAGAUGCCCGCGCGAUCGUAGUGAGCCACUGCCUGAGCGGCGCAGUGGCGGCGCGCAGCGGCGCGGUGAAGUAGGUACGUUUUGAAAAGGGACAGACGGAAGGACAGACCGCGUGUGGGACGACGCGCAAUAUAUAUAUAGAAGAUAAUUAAGAAAUUCAAGGAGCAGUUUUGUUUACAUCCUAGCAGCAAUAUCAUUCUAUUUCGAAAUGAAAGUACUGAUAUUUUCCCCUGGACUGUUUUAAAGUUAUGAUGAUGAGGCACAUGACGCUGCUUUGACGAAUAAAUCUAAAGAAUGCUUUGAACAAA